GAAUGCAGCGUGUCGGGCAAAGAAGUUUGAGAGCAGACAGAGAGCUCUUUCUUAUACUGUACGGCCCAGUGAGAUUGAGAAACUGUGACUCAACUCCUCCUCUUGCAUGCUGAGAUCAGGUACAGCAGUGGAUAUGAGCCGUAUGUGCUGUAUAUGGGACUGCACAGUUGAACUGAGGGCUGUGUGAUGACUGGAGAGAGACGUCUGGACUGUCCCUGAUCCGAGCCGAAAUGUCAUCAUUGCAUUACAUCUGUGACAGCCAAGGCAGAAAGGAUUAAAAUAGAGUUGGUUCUCCAGUGGGACUGAUGCUCAAAAAUCCACCUCCUAUAAACACAAUCUACAGUCUCUGCAGUCCUCACAGACACAAGAUAUCAAUCAUCACAAGUCUGUGAUUUCAAAAAGAAUCAUCUCAUAAACAAACCUUUGUUCUUAAGUCCCAAAUGCAAGUCUUUUUUUCAGAUAAGUGCAAUAGUUUGGGAUUAAAGGAAUAACAACAUCAAGGGUUUCGAAAUCGUCCAUCCAUCAUUGACUGAAACUGGCUUGUGAGAUCUCUUUUGCUCAGGAUGGAACUUGUUACCACAUCAGAGCAUUCACCAGCUCCAAACUGAACUGAAACACUUUGAAAGACAUUUAAAGUGGAUCAAGUGGCCAAAUUCUCAACCAAUGAUUUAAUCUGAUCUUUACAUUCAACCGCAUUAGAUCUGACACGAGAGAGAUCUGAAGGACUCUCGCUGAAUCAUGGCGGAGGCCAUUCUGCAAUUUUUUAACGACAUCUGGAACUUCGUGGUGGCCAAACACAACCAGAGCAUCCACAACACGGUGUGCCUGGUCGUUCUUCUGACUCUACCGCUGGUUAUCAUCUUCACAACGCUGCUGGUUUGUUGUCAUUGUUGUUGCUGUAGUCGUGCUGGUGGAUGCCGGUGUUGUUGCAAAGGUGAAGCCGCAGUUACGAACCCACAACCCGAAAAGAAGAAGAGAAAGAAAAAUGGCGACCAAAACGGUGACGACUUGUGGAUCUCUGUCAAAACUGAUCCUCUGAACCAUGAUAGAUUAGCACUGACUACAGUGUAAUACAUAAAGUGUUUUAUAUUUAUUGAUUUUUACUGUAUGGUACAUGUACAGUAUAGGUACUGAGGGGUUUGCCGUUUACUAAACCAUGCCUGAAUGAAAAAAAAACGAGAAUUUUAAAGGUCAAUACAAAUAAUAUAGCUCUAAAUGUAAAUGUUUUUAGGAAAUAGACUUACAAAAGAGGAGCUUUUACAAAGGUACUGCUUUGCAACAAAUGAUAUCCUGCAAAAUUAUAGCCUCGCAUUAAGGUUCACUGUGAAGACUAGGGGCCAGAUUUACUAAAUACGACAGCGUAAAAAUACAAUUUCAAAUAAGCACUGAAGGGAAACUUUUGUGUUUAAUUUACUUACAUAUCUUUAGUAAAUCCCAACAGUAGUUUUUAGGGCAAAAUAGGUGUUUGCGCUGGAACAAGCUGUUAGUAAAUCUGGCCCAUGAUUGACAAGGCUGAUCUGACACUUUUAUAUCACUUGACUCCCAAACAACGUAAUUCAUAAUCCAGUGAAUACAAUUAUACUGAGCUCAGAUCUCGUAGUUGGAAACUUCAUGAUCACAGCGGUGUGUAAUUGGGGCUGCUGAUAAACAAACCUUGAUCUUUUUGCACCUUGCAGAUGCUGUGUUAUUUCCCAGCGCUGUAAUUAGAUGUUUAUGUGAAACUUCAACGCUUGAUUACGGGUGUCAUGAAGUCAUGCAUUAAAACUCUUCAUUUCGAUUUACUUUCAAUUCAACUGUCUCACAUUCCCAUAGUGUUCAUUGUAUAACUGCCAUUGGAUAUUCAUUUUGUGAUUAGUUUGGUUGGUUGCAACACACUUGUCCUCUUUACAGUGGGAUCAGAGGAAAAACAUCACUUUUUGUUUGGCCAACGAAGCCUUUAAGAUCUGUUUCUUGUGUGAUAUCAAAGCUUUACAGUCCAAUUCUGCAUAGAAAUAUGAUGUUUGUACAAAAUAUACUGAAGCAGCGUUUCUUUAUUUCUUUUUUAUGCUGCUUGACUUUUUCAGUGUCUGUUUCUUAUAUUGAACAUGCAAAAUGAAUAAACUUUAUUUUUUUA